UGAACCCGGAAGGUGGAAAGGGUGAAAAGUUUGGACCGUUUGCUGGAGAGAAGAGGAAGCCCGAAGACUUGGAUGAAAACGUGGAUUACAGGCUGAUGUGGGAGGUCCGUGGCAGCGAAGGGGAAGUGCUGUACAUUCUGGAUGCCACCAACCCACGACACUCCAACUGGCUGCGCUUCGUCCACGAGGCCCCGUCGCAGGAGCAGAAGAACUUGGCUGCCAUCCAGGAAGGAGAAAACAUUUUCUAUUUGGCGGUCGACGACAUAGAGACAGAUACGGAGCUGCUGAUCGGCUGCCUGGACAGCGACAUGGAGGCCGAGGAGGACGAGCAGCCAGCGACGACGGCGAAGGGAGAAGAGGAAGAUGGCUUUGGCUGUGAUGAGGACUACGCCUGUCCGCAGUGCGAGUGCAGCUUUACCAGCGAGGAGAUCCUUGCCGAGCACCUUCAGACGCUGCACCAGACGCCCACCGAGGAGAAGGGGUUCAAGUGCAAGCACUGUGGGAAGAAGUUCCCGGUGAAGCAGGCUUUGCAGAGACACGUCCUCCAGUGCCCGGCGAAGACCGGUCGGCAGGAUUCCUCGCGGAGCUCGCAGCGCUCCGCGUGCAGCUCCCCCUUCAGCUCCGCGUCCAGCUGCGAGCAGCAUCAGGAGGCCGGCCGGAGCAGAGCCAGGUUCGUGUGCAAGGCCGACAGCUGCGGGAAGAGGCUGAAGAGCAAGGACGCCCUGAGGAGACACCAGGAAAACGUCCACGCAGGAGACCCGAAGAGAAAGCUGGUGUGCUCGGUGUGCAGUAAGGAGUGUUCUUCGCCGUCGAGCCUGCAGGAACACAGAAAGGUCAGUGAGAUUCAUGAGAUAUUUGAUUGUCAAGAAUGUAUGAAGAAAUUUAUUUCCGCCAAUCAGCUCAAACGUCACAUGAUCACCCACUCAGAGAAACGACCCUAUAAUUGUGAGAUUUGUAAUAAAUCUUUCAAGAGGCUCGACCAAGUGGGCGCCCACAAAGUCAUACACAGCGAAGACAAACCUUACAAAUGCAAGCUCUGUGGAAAGGGCUUUGCCCACAGAAACGUGUACAAGAAUCACAAGAAGACGCACUCGGAGGAGCGGCCGUUCCAGUGCGAGGCCUGCAGGGCGCUGUUCCGGACCCCCUUCUCCUUGCAGAGGCACCUGCUCACCCACAACAGCGAGAGGACUUUCAAGUGUCACCACUGUGAGUCUACCUUUAAAAGGAAGGACACCUUAAACGUUCACGUCCAGGUGGUCCACGAGAGGCACAAGAAGUACAGAUGCGAGCUGUGCAACAAGGCGUUCGUGACGCCCUCCGUGCUCCGAAGCCAUAAGAAGACACACACGGGAGAGAAGGAGAAAACCUGCCCAUACUGUGGCCAGAGGUUCGCCAGCAGCGGGACGCUGAGGGUUCACAUCCGCAGCCACACAGGUGAGCGGCCCUAUCACUGCCCCUACUGCGAGAAAGGAUUCAGCAAAAACGACGGGCUGAAGAUGCACAUCCGGACGCACACCAGGGAGAAGCCGUACACGUGCUCGGAGUGCGGCAAGGCCUUCAGCCAGAAGCGUGGCCUGGAGGAGCACAGGAGGACGCACACCGGGGAGAAGCCGUUCCAGUGCGACGUUUGCGACUUGGCCUUUAGCCUGAAGAAGAUGCUGAUCCGACACAAGAUGACCCAUAACCCCAAUCGUCCGCUGGCCGAAUGUCAGUUUUGCCACAAGAAGUUCACGAGGAGUGACUACCUCAAGGUGCACAUGGACAACGUCCACGGCGAGGCCGGCAGCUGACCGCGCUGGGGAGCGCGGAGCCCGGGGUCCUCUCCUCCGCCCGGGUGGCACACGGCGGCAGCCCUGUCACUCUGGUCCCGCUGCUCUUCUCUGCCUGCUUUAGAGUCUGUAGGUCCAGAUGCAAAAAGAAAAAACAAUCCCACUUUUACCAAGAAAUGGUACGGAUGGAAAAAAAACGAACAUCGUAGCCUUGCAGGUGCUUCUCGGCACGGUCUCGCAGAAACGGACAGGGCCGGACUCCCCCGGGCCGUCUCUCUGCACCCGAGUUUAGUAAUGGUAUCUUUUUCGGGCCUUUUCAUUUCAUUGUUAUCGUGCAUGCUUCUGUGUGCACACACGCUGGUCACUGUGACUGGUCAUCACCGAUUAGGCCGUGAAGAGAUUCACGUAUCCUGAUAUCUCACCGAUAUCUUGAGCACGAGAACAGCAUCGAACUUGCUGUUUUGUGAAACGGACCGAAAGCUGACCUUAUUUAACGGCUCCCCGCAAUAAGUCGGUUUAAAAUGAAGCAAUAUGUAGGAACAGAAACACCUAUUAAGGUAUCGCUCGUUUUCAAUAGUUCUUAGGAAGCAUUACUUGCUUUCACCCUUCAGACGCAGACAUUCAGGGUCGGGAAAAGGUUUUUAAGAUCUACCCCAAAGUGACCAUAACACUUAGAUAUUUACCAGACGGAUCCUGCCGAGUCGAUACUAGUCUUUGGAAAUUUGCAACAUACGAGGACGUAGCGCUGGAAACGGAAGCAGGCCGGGCACGGCGGUGACAUUGCGAUGGGAGUCGUGACGAACCCAGCCCCUCCCCCGCCGUCCCGCAGAGUACACGGGACGUGUUGCUGCCAACAGAACACAGUCCCCAGAGCAGUCGUGUUCUGUUUGCAAGAGACGGUUUCCAGAAUCGUGUCAGGAGCUGACGCCGAAACGCUUUCAAAGCACCGUCAGUUAUCCCGAAUAAAAAAACGCAGACCCGCCCACCGUUAGGAUUGAAAUCAUCACUGAUGCUUAAGGGAAAUUGAAGCAAGAAGCAUAGUUUCUUCCUUUAGCUUACAUUUCAUUAAAAUAUUUGGAGCGACAUAGAAUGAAUAGCUUGUUUUGGGAGAAGAUAUGAGAAAAUGUGACGGUGAUGUCAAGUCACAUAGAGGAACCCAAAAACAAAAAAAUGAAAGUGAAGCCUCUAAAUAAACUGUCCUAUUUGGAGCCCACCCCAGACAGAAGUGCAAUUCCGAGAAGUUACUUGGUUCUAAUGAUUUGGGGAGAGGUUAUCUGGAGACACAGUUCUUUGAAGCCAGGAAUUGCAUUUUAGAAUUACAUUCAUGCUCAGUUUCAGUUAAAACAAAACAAAACAAAACAAACCAUAAAGAUCCAAUAUAGGUAUUUAAACUCUGUAAAAAAUACCAAAUUUGAAACGCACCAGAGAUAACUUUAAAAAAUAUAAAUCCCCAGAUUUUGAUUUAGAAGGUAUCUGUGGUUAUAUGUAGCAUUUUGUAUGUGAAAUUACAGACGGUGUUUUAUAAGAAUG